AUGCCUAUUUUUGAAGCUCCUGCUGUUUACACACAAGAAGUUUUCUUGACUAUUAUUUCUUAUUUCUUUGAGCACCUAGGUUUAAAACCAUAUAUUGAUCACCACUCCACUGAUGCCAAUAUCAUCCCCUUAACCCAAACGCCAAAGGGGUACUUUGUCAGACGAGAUCGAAAAAAUAGACACAGAGUGGUAAAUGUUUUCACCAGGGAAGGAAAGAAGGUGUAUAGCAUUGAGAGAGCAAGUCCAUUGAAUCCAGUAUGGUGCUUGAGGGAAUUUCCAUCAAGAACAGAGGUUGCAACUAUCAGAUGUGGGUUUUUCUCUACUUCAGUAGAUUGGCACAACAAACAGGGAGUUCAGCAUCGCGAAGUUAGAGCGGAAUCUAGUGUCGGCGGAAAUUUUAGGAGCUUCUACCUCAAUGAUGGUUCCAAGUACCAGUGGACGAAAGGCUCUAAGUUUUUGGAAAAAGUAUCCAACCCAGGCGGUGGUGAUGAAGAAUUGAGAGAAAGGAUUGCUAAAGUGAGGUUGAUGAGACAAUUCAAGUUUGAUUUUGAGCUUUUGGUCGAUGAAGAUGCUGUUGAUCUUGAGUAUGCUCUAGCGACAGCCUUCAUUUCCAUGAUGGUUCAAUGGGGUUACGGUGAUAUCACAGAAACCCGUGGUCCUAGCUUUAUUGGUGAAACAUGA